CGAAUUCUAUUUCGUGGGUAUAUAUAUGAGUUCCUCUCUAUCUCUGUAUACAUAUGUUUUGUCGAACAUAUACAUACAUAUACGCACACAUACACACACAUAUAUAUAUAUACUGAGGAAAAAACAAAAUGGUCUCCAACAAAGCCCUCAUCUACAAAAAAAUUCCAACCCACUCCCCCAUCGUCGGCGAACAUCUCCAAGUCGAAUCUCUCCCGGACUUUGACAGCCAAAAUGUUCCCGCAGGCGGCGCAGCCGUCAAGGGUCUCUAUUUCAGCUGUGACCCUUAUAUGAGAGGACGAAUGCGGGUACCGGAAAGAACUAGUUAUGCCGCUGCGUACGAGGUUGGGAAGCCCAUAACUGCUUAUGCGCUGGUGCAGGUAUUGCGUCUUGCCGGAGACAACGAGGAGAGUCUUACGACCGGUAAAGGCGUGACGAUCAAGAAGGGGGAUAUACUCUACGGUCUCUUUGAGAUUGCAGAGUAUAGCGUUCUUUCGAAAGAAUGGCUUGAACAUCCGUUCGUCCACAAGAUUGACAACCCGCAUAAUCUGCCGUUAUCAAACUUCCUGAGUAUUUUGGGCAUGACCGGUUUAACGGCGUACUCGAGUCUGUACGAGAUCGGAAACCCGAAAAAGGGGGAAACCAUCUUUAUAUCCUCUGCUGCAGGCGCCGUGGGUCAGAUAGUCGGUCAAAUCGCCAAGAGGGAAGGGUUGAGAGUCAUUGGCAGUGUGGGUGAUGAUGCUAAGUUGGAUUUCAUCGUGAAGGAUUUGGGGUUUGAUGGUGGGUUUAAUUAUAAAAAGGAGGCUUCGGUGUUGGAGGCGCUUAAGAGAUUGGCUCCGAAUGGCGUCGAUAUAUAUUACGAGAAUGUUGGGGGGGAGCAAUUGGCUGCUGCGAUUGAGUGUAUGAAUGUUCAUGGACGGAUUGGUAUGGCCUUUUUUUUUUCCUUUCUUUUUUGUUUUGCUGCUGGUUGAGGAACGUGCUGAUUGUGUAGUUGCGUGUGGAAUGGUAUCGCAAUAUAGUGUACCUCCUGGUGAGUCUCUCUUCGUUUAUCCAGGGGAUAGUGCUGACAAGCUAAUAGAGGACCGAUACGGCGUCAAAAAUCUCACGUACAUUGUCCCCAAACGAAUCCGAUUCCAGGGAUUCUUGGUUAGUGACCCCGAUUUCGGUCCUAAAUAUGUAAAGGAGCGAAACGAGCGUGUCUCAAAGUGGCUCGUCGAAGGCAGCAUCAAGUCCAAGGAACACAUCGACACCGGAAUCGACAAGGCUGGAACAGCCUUUGUAAACAUGUUGGAAGGCAAAAACUUCGGCAAGGCUAUUGUGCACGUUGCUGAUCCAGAGUAGAGUCAAAAUGUCGCACUGAGAACCUCCCAGAUUUCCCCGCAUCACCAUAUGCACUGAUACCUACUUCCAGGCUCUCGGACGGCGGUCCAUAGUUGGUUAGAUAUUCAUGUAUGCUUAGCACUUAGCAUGUGUGUGUGUGUGUGUGUGUGAUUGAUGAAUCUAUUCUGUCAACUUGUCAAGUAUUAUUCGUAUUCUUCGUUUUCUUCCUUUUAAUCAAGGCAAUCAUUGCCGGAUCACGCGAGUCACUCGGCUGUAACAACGCGGGAUUUCCUGUUUAUCCGGACAAGUGAUUAGUG